AUGGAUCGUGAAAAUGAACCAAAUUCAAAUGGUUUAUUUUCACCUCCAUUAAAUGCAAUGACACAAACAAUUGUACCUAUAUCAUCCUAUAAAUGUUGUUUAUGUAGGAAACUAGUUGAUGAUGCUACAUUAACAUGUGCAAAAUGUGUUAAUACAGGUCGAUUUUGUCCAUCUAAACAUGAUACAUGUUCAAACAAACGAAGACAAACAUUAAUAAGUGUGUUAAAUUUAAACGAUUAUGAAGAAUUUCAAGAAUAUUCAAAUAAAUAUUCGAUUCAUACACCAGCACAUUUACAAUGUUCUGAUCGAAGGUUUUUAUUAAAAAAGUUCAAUAUAGAAAAAACAAUGUUGCAAGCCGAAUAUCAAACAAAAAUGGAACCAGUAAUUCGACUACAUCAAAUGUCUGAAGAAAUUCUUUUACGAAAAAAUCGUCUUAAUCUUGUUAAACAAUCUAUAAUACGAAUACAAGAACAAAUUGAACGAGGUAAAAAAGCUAAAAUCGAAACUCAACAACAUAUGGAUAAAAUAAAUAUAAAAAUACUGUUAAGUAAAAAAAAUAUUCAUGAAAUCAAUGCGAGAUUAAAUUCAUCAAAUGAUAUAAUACGAAAAAAAAAUGAAUUAAGAAUUAAAGAAGAAAAAAAAUUAUUUGUUAUUCGUCGAAAACUUCUUAAUGAAGUAUAUAAAUAUAUAUUUCCUAUUGAACGUGUAUCAUCAUCCGUUAAAGAAGGUUUUUCAUUAUCAAUUGGAGGAAGAGAUAGAUAUAAAAUUGUUGAUUCAUGUUUACCGGCUAAUGGAGAUUAUCAAAUCGAUAAACUUCUUCUCACAGCCAAUGUUGAUAAUGACAACUCUGAUACUGAUUCUCUUCAAUCAACACUUUCUCAUGAAUUAUAUGAAGUACUUUCAGCUUUGUCACAUGCUUGUCAAUUAAUUCAUGUUAUUGCGUUUUAUCUUCAUAUUGUUUUACCAUUUCGUUUACACCAAUUAGAGUUCAAUAACGAUAAUUUAACAACAGAUCGUCUUCGUGGUGAUAUUGCUAAAUUAAAUGCAAAUAUAAUUAGUAGUUGUUUAUCACAAGAUAUACCAAUAGAAAAUACAAAUGUAACACAUACACUUGAAAAUUUAUUAAAAUUACUAAAAUUUGAACGAUACCGCAGUCGAUCAAAGCCAGUUGUAUAUUCUCAACAAUACAUUGAUAUGAUGGAGGAAGAAAUUGACGGAAUAAGUCGAACGUAUGUUACUGAUUAUUGGUUUGAUGCUGUUGAAACAGAUGUAACUGGUCGUUUAAAUAAUGAAGAAUGGGAAACAAUAUCAUAA